AAGAAUUCAGCAAAUCGAAGCUUAUCUUAUUUCUGUUGGUUACGGAUAAACUGUGUUGGGUCAAAGAAUUGGGCCAUAAUGGGUUGUUUGUCAUCACUUCAUCAAGAUGCCUACCGAUUCGUGGAAAAGGCGUAUUGUAUACUGAAACUGUAGUCUUAAAUGGCAUAAAUAUGCCUCAAACACAUCAGCAAUAAAUGGUAUGUUUUAGAAAUGAAUCAGUUUGGCAAUACUCCACUUCACAGGUUGUUAAAAUUUAACCAUUCGUAUGGAGAUCACAUAGACGCAACUAAUUACUUGAUAAAGGCUGGAGCGAAUGCCAAAUUAAAAAACCAGCGUGGUCAAACUCCAGCUGAAGUGUAUGUGAACAACAAAUGUGAAAAGUACGAUUCUACCAACAAAGAAAAACAAAAAGAAAUGCUCAUGCGUCUCCUACAAACGGGGAUUGUUCCAACGGAAAUCUUGGCACGUGGGCCCAAAGCAGUGGAAGCUUUUAAUGAUGCUCUAGCUGAGGGAGAAACAGAGGUUAAUCAAGGAAGGACAGUUUUCAUGGGCCUCGAGAGAGUCGGCAAGACAUCUACAAUCAAGUCAUUUUUAAGGAAUAC